GUUGGCUCUAGCCCCGUGAAGAUGGACUCCUGGGGUCGAGAAUGGUCCCCCAGGGAGCCAGUCGCUGUUUGAGCCAGAGGAUGCUAAUUAGCUAGGGGCCCCAAGAGCCUGGGGGAGGAGCCGUUUCUUUGGUAGACUCAGCCCUCACCCUCCAACCAGAGGCCCUGGGUAGUCAGCUGCUUUCCCCCUUGUUUUGAUCAUGGAGCUCCAAGUGAAUGUGAAGACGUGGAUUGAGAAAAACAAAUCCUCCUUUCUCCCCCCAGUCUGCAACAAGCUCAUGCAUCAGUCCCAACUUAAAGUCAUGUUCGUUGGAGGCCCAAACCAAAGAAAAGAUUAUCACAUUGAGGAAGGAGAAGAGCUCUUUUACCAGAUUGAAGGUCACAUGGUUCUUAAGAUCCUGGAGCAAGGCCAACACCGAGAUGUGCUCAUCCGCCAGGGGGAGAUAUUCCUCCUGCCAGCCGGCAUCCCCCAUUCCCCGCAGAGGUUUGCCAACACCGUGGGGCUGGUGAUAGAGCGAGAAAGACUGAAGACAGAAGUAGAUGGGCUCAGGUACUAUGUUGGAGACACAACAAACGUCCUCUUUGAGAAGUGGUUCUACUGUGAGGACCUCGGCACACAGUUAGUGCCCAUCAUCCAGGAGUUUUUCAACUCCGAGCAAUACAAGACAGGAAAACCGAGCCUGGACCAGCUGCUCAAAGAGCCACCCUUCCCACUGAGCACAAGGGCUGUCAUGGAGCCGCUGGCCCUUCAGGGAUGGCUGGCUGACCAUCGUGGGGAGCUACGGGCAGGGAGCACCCUCAGCCUGUUUGGAGACACAUAUGAGUCACAGGUGACAGUCUAUGGAUCUGGAAGCAGCAAAGGUCCUGCACGGAGUGUGGACGAAUGGCUCUGGCAGCUGGAAGGGUCCUCGGUGGUGACCAUUGGGGGACAGAACCGAAGGCUGGCGCCACAUGACAGCCUCCUUGUGCCCCAAAGAACCUUGUACCUCUGGGAGCGAGCUCAGGAUUGUGUGGCUUUGUCAGUGACCCAGGAUCCGGAUAACAAGAAGCCACUGAAGUAAAUCCCUAUAAUAAUGGAUGACCUUGGUGCCAUCUUCAGUGAAUAAAACACAUCACAUAAAAAGCCA